GGCGGAGGUCUUGGGAGGCAGGACGACAAGUGGCAGGCAAGACAUGAAGCAAAGUGACAAACAUGCAGAAUUUUUAUUGAUUUAGACAACAGAUUUAAGUAAACUGUCUGGGAAUGCUCAGAUAAGCAACUUGGACUAAUCUGGCCUCGCCUGAAAAGGACGAAAACACACUGGAAUACCGGAACUAAGUGACCAAACCCGACUUGUGGCUUUUGAUUGAAUAAGUUGUCAGCGUAUAUCGAAUCAGUGGUGGGGAGCCGUUUAGUUGUGCCUGGCGAAGAGUUUACUUUUCUAGAGAAACAAACAUCAUGGCAGGGACAAACUCACAGGGACGAAUAGACCCAGAAGCCAAAUUUACUAAAUUGGAAAAGAUCGGAAAAGGAUCAUUCGGUGAAGUGUUCAAAGGGACGGACAAUGACACGCAGCAAGUGGUCGCGAUUAAGAUCAUCGAUCUGGAAGAGGCGGAAGAUGAAAUAGAGGAUAUACAACAGGAAAUCAUGGUUCUGUCACAAUGUGACAGUCCUUACGUCACCAAAUAUUACGGUUCAUAUCUGAAGGGAACAAAGUUAUGGAUCAUCAUGGAGUAUUUAGGGGGCGGCUCAGCGCUGGACUUGAUGAGGGCGGGCCCUUUUGAGGAACAAUACAUUGCCAUAAUACUGCGGGAAAUAUUAAAAGGCUUAGAUUAUUUACAUUCAGAGAAAAAAUUACACAGAGAUAUCAAAGCGGCGAACGUUUUACUAUCAGAGUCAGGCAAUGUGAAACUAGCAGAUUUUGGUGUAGCAGGUCAACUAACAAACACAACAAAUUAUCGUAACACAUUUGUAGGGACGCCAUUUUGGAUGGCACCUGAAGUUAUUAAGCAAUCCUCAUACGACACAAAGGCAGAUAUAUGGAGUUUAGGAAUCACAGCUAUCGAGUUGGCCAAAGGAGAGCCGCCCAAUUCUGAUCUCCAUCCUAUGAGAGUUCUGUUCCUCAUUCCUAAAAAUAACCCUCCUCAGCUUACAGGGAAUUACAGUCGGAAUUUUAAAGAGUUCGUUGAAGCCUGCCUAAACAAAGAUCCCGAUAAUAGGCCAACGGCUAAAGAAUUACUGAGGUAUAAUUUCAUCCGGCGAGCGAAACGAUCUGUAUUUUUAGUAGAACUCAUAGAAAAAUACCGCAAGUGGAAGCAGAAUGGUGGUGCAGAGUCCGACACGGACUCAGAGUCUGAAGAUUCUGAUGAUGAAAAUGGUGACCGCAAAGUUGACCCAUGGGUCUACCCUCCAACAGUUCGACCCAAAUCUGUGCGUAAAAUCGACGCCCUCUAUAGGGAACAGAUGGAGAAGAUGGAGAAGAUGAGCAGCGAACAGGAGAUGAAUGGCCAUAGCAGUAACAAUGGCAGCCAGGAUGCUGAUCGGUCAAAGUCAGGUGACCUUCCUCCAGCUGCCGGUUACCAUGACGACAACCAACCGAGUCUCGAACCCUCAGACCCGGUCUACGACCCACAGCCUCCGUCUGACGGCUUCAGCCAAGACUAUUCUUCUGACAGACUGCAAUCAUCAGAUCUUCAGCGUGGUUACAAUAAUUACGACAAUCGUACGCCUCCUAAAACUUCACCCAAACCUCAGUACACUCCUGGUGGUGGUUACUAUGUCAACCAUGCGAGGUCAGGCUCCACCCCCGUGCUAUCCCAUACGCAGCAGGACUUUAGGGAUCAAGUGAUGCAUCCCCGCAGUAUGUCUGAACUCGCGCCAGGAGCCGUCCCUUACCAGCCCAAUGGUGCAGCCAAUCGUCCUCUCAUAUCCCGGCCAAAGUCGCAGUUUGACAUGCCGACUGAUUACACACCUGUUCGGCAUCCUGUUUCCCCGCCUCCUUACGAGUCACUUCUUGUCACCAAAUCCCCACAACCCCGCCCAUCCCAUCCAAACAGCCGUCACUCACCAGUACAGUUACGACGAUCUAGCAUGGAUCCGCGGAUGGAUCGGCCAGCCUCGGCCAACAUGGCGAAUUACACGCCGAGGUCACUGGCCAAUUCCCAGCCGAUGCUUAAUGAUUUGCAUAUUUAUCCUCAGAUACGUCAGCAGAACCACGGCCCCCGCCCACCAUCUCCGCCCCCUCCAACCCUAGAUCGCGACCUCCCCCUCAACAUGCGCUCCUCAGCCACACUGUCCUCAACUGUGUUUCCAGUUAUCCACACGUUGCGAGAGAAGUACACAUCUGGGUCCUCCCUGCGCACGGAUGCAAUAGACGGGUUACGGAACGCUUUCACGAUGGUGGAGAACGCCUGCCCUGGGAUCAUAGACGACCUGGUCGGGGAGGUGGUGUCACGUCUUGGCAAACAGUCCUCGGUCAGUGACAGCACCAUCCACAGAGCACUGGACAAACUAAAGAGGUGAGACGGAGCCUCGUAGUUGUGUGAAUGGAUCCCAGUGACUGUGUUAUAGACUACUUGUAAAGAAGACAUAUCUGGAGUAUUAGUGCAUCAUGACUUUCCCUGUACAUUUGCCCUGUGCUGUCUGAGUGUGGGAGAUGGCUGACGAGGGUGUACAGGGUGUACAUCAUCUGUCGCGGCAAACCCUGUACAUUUGCCCUGUGCUAUCUGAGUGUGUGAGAAGGCUGACGAGGGUGUACAGGGUGUACUUCAUCCGUCGCGACAAACCCUGUACGAUCACAACUAUAGCAAUCACCAUAUUUGUAUAUAUAUACUUCCCUGUUCCUUCAGGUGAUAAACCUUGUGACUAAAGGGUCUGGCAGAUUACGAUGAUUUUGCGCCAGCAGGGCAGGGAGGAUUACGGCUAAUUUGGUACAUCCUGGAAAAGGACAAUGUUUGGUCUGUUUCUCUUAUAUAUUGACAAUUGAUGUAUGGAUUCAAGGCGUUUACAAACGACAGCUCUAUUGCAAAGUUUUUAGGUGUGGUCUUCAGAUCAAAGAGCCUGGAAGUUAUGGAUGAAAGGUAUGGAGACUUUGGAACUAAAUGGACACAGUCUUAGUUCUGUGCCAUGGAAAAAAUACAGGUUGUUCCCGACCAGGAACUAUGUUGGUGAUGUAUAAUGUGUUCCAGUAGCCUAGGUGACGACCUGGAUGUGCUCUUUGACCUUGAGGGUGCCUAGCUGACUUCCAAGGAAAUGUCCAGUCUGAUCAUAGGACAGGACACGAGGGAGCUACUACAGCCGCCCUGUAGCCAUUGGACCAGGACUGGAGAAGUGUGCAGCAUUUAAAUAACAAUGUGGGUUUUGUGACCAGAUUUUCACUGCUUCUGACCCUGUCUCUUAUAUACCUGUCACAAUCUUUUUUAACAGUGCUAUGCUGUUUGCUGUAAUUCUUUAGCUGGUCAAACUGUUCCCGAUCACCUGAAAGCUAGAUACGCCCAUGACAACACGUGUACAUAUAAGCACCAUACAACUGAAAAAAACUGCCCGAUGGACAAUUAUACUACAUGUAGUUAGUUAUGGAGUCCUUAAGAGGUCUUACUUUAUGCUGUGUUUUAUUGAUUAUAAUUGAUGUGUGCUAUUGGAACUGUAUGUACAUGUCUGUAUAUGUGUAUACAUGUAUGGAAAGGUGUAAAGAGUCAUUGGCACAUAUGGAUGUGAUCAUCGAUGUCCUUUGUGGCAGCUGACACGAAUUAUGCGAAAAAAACAUCAGCGUGUCAAUUAUUAUCAGAACCCGCUUACUGGUUGUGUGUUUGGCAUGGAGCAUGUUGAAAUGGAGAUGAGAAAGAAAAAAAAAUGUUUAUCUUAAGUCAUGAAAAGCAGCAGCAACUGUUGUUUUUGCUGUUGUGUGUUGCGUACUCAUGAGAAGAUUUGCUGUGCUUCUCCCUUGUUUAAUCAGAAGCUGGUAUUCUGAAAUUAUAGCUUAGGCUUUGUAAAUAGAUAUUUUUGUGGAAAAAGAAAGAAAAACAUGCUAAUGAUGAAAAAUGACCUACAGCAAAUUCUUAAAGCUUGAGACUCUGGAGAGCUACCACCUGGAGGCUUGUUUUAAGUACACAGCCCUUUCCAUCCUGCAGUUUCCCUGAGCUCAGUGUCUUCUAAGUCGUUCAUGGGAAAUAUCUCUUCAGCACGUGUACAUGUACUAUACAGGUUUUUAUGUUCUGUCAUUGAAGUCGGUAAUGUGGCUUAUACACUUGAGUAGAUCAAGUCAUUGGCAAGAUCUGAACAGUGUCCUUCCAUGAAAAUGUUGGCUGCCAUUGUGUAAGUGAAAUAUUCUUAGGCGCUGCUUAAAACACUAAUCAAAUAAAUAUUUUAGCAAGGUCGUUGAAGGUCAACUGGCUGCCAUUGUUCAGUUGGAACCUACUUAGCCUGCAUUGAACCCCACAAUCUCUUUCUAUUUGUCCAUGUAACCUUUUCAAAACAGUUCUCAGUGCAUUGUGUAGAAAGUAACAUGUAACAGGAAACUGCCUUAAAAAUGCUGAACCAACAAAUACAGAACAUACUGUGAAGUAAAGAGGUGCCUUGAUAUGAAGAUAGCCUGUGAAAUGCUGAGAUUUUCAAGACAAAUCUUAAUGUGAAAAUAAGAAGGCCCUUUACAUUACCAGAGUCAGUGGAUUGUGGAAUGUUGCUGAAUAGGAAAAUUCUGCCUUUUAAUUGUCUGUCCAGCACCUGGACGGUACAAAACUUCAGUUGAAAGUCUUCUAGGGUGUAUUUCAUUUUCUGACUAAAUGAGUCUGACUGCUGACCCCUGAUCCCCUGAGUGGAUUUCCAGGUUUUCCACAUAGCUAAUUUGAGAUGUCUUUAGUAAAAAUGAAACAGAAACAUACAUAUAUACAUGUCUGUGUGUAUAUCUUCCUUCAUCUGUUACUGAACUGCUUACAGUUUGGUGCAAUUAAUGCGUUAGAUAUUUGAUGAUGGUGAAAUUGAUCAGAAUAUGGCAAAGGAAAUCCUUUCAGGGUGAUAGGAUCGUUAUGAUAUGACUGAAGUAUUGCCAGUGUGGUGUUCAGCGCUAAUCAUUUAUUCUCUGUAGUAUGAUUCUGAAAUACCAGAUCUACUGAAAGACGGCUAAGUAUUUUAAGAUUCUGAAAAAAGAUUCUUAAAGUUUUUUUUUUUUUUUGUAUUGCUCAUCUGACUACUUCACUUAUUUGCGUCUUUGUGCCGGCUGUCAGUUUCUGGUGUGUGGAUCUUCUGUAGAGUCUUUGUUUAUGGUAGAUGGCAAGUGAUGUACAUUUACUUUGCCACGAGUUUAACGGAAAUAUUGUUUUUAAUGUUACCUUCACAUUGAAGUGAUGAUCUUGUGGAUAUCUGGAUAAAAUGCACGCCCUAUUGUUUUUUUUUGUUUUUUUUUUUUUUUGUAAAUACAGAAACAAUACAUAAAGGUUGUGUUUUGGAGCGGGCACAAUGGCAUGAUUAAGGUGCAUGUGUGAAAAUGUCAAAAGUGCGUCAUAUAUAAAUGAUAUAUACAAGAAAUAUAAUAUACAUACGAACGUAUAUAUAUAUAUAUUUUAUCUAGGAGCCUAAAACCAAAGGCAUUAGUUUGUUCCUCAAGUCAGUUGUACAUGUACAUGCCAGGCCAACUAACCCCACCCAACCCCACAAAUUUCCCCUCACAAUAUGACAUCAUUCCAUGCACAUAAUCCUGUGUGAUUCCAGUUGUUGACCUAAUUUUGGCACAUUUAUGCACUUUCUCCAACUAGAUCAAUUUUCCUUAUACUUAACCUGCAUAUAUUUCUGUUAUGUGACAAAGUCUACCAUGUUUGGGGUCUCUUUUUUUUCCAAUUUUGUUUUUGGACAGGUACAUGUAUCAGUCAGAAAGAUAGUUCAUGUUUCAGUAAUCUUCUACUUCAGUCUGCUAUUUGCCCAUAUUUCAGUGUAGUUGUUUUUUGUUCUUUUUGUUCUUUAUUAUUUUCUUUUUUGGCUGGAGCAAAAAGAAACACUUAACCUUUCCCGUGAAAAUGUCUCAUGUAAUUGUUACUUGUAGUAUUAUAUACAAACAGGAGUGUACAAAUUGUUAACUUUUCCAUAUUACAGAAUAGUUUAUUUUCCUGGUGAGUAGCGAAAUUUACAAAUGAAGAGUCCUAGAGUCCUGUCUGACUUGAAGCAGGCAGAUGUGUGGAUGAAACAAAAAAACAAGCGUAGGCGUGGAAAUAAGAUAGGUGUUGAGAUGCCCCCGUCACCUCAGCGUUUUAUGCGAUCUCGAAACACUUUGUAAAUACACAGACAUUGUACAUAUGCUUGACCAGGGGUGAUUAUGUGGAGGGUUGACUUCGGGGCAGAAUGUCUGUAAGCUUGAUGUCUGUCUGUGUGUCUGUCUAGCACUCGUAUGAUCAGAGGGGCUUGUUCAUCGUUUGUUCCCCUAUUUUCUGUAUCAUGCUUCUCUUUUUGUCUGUAGGUAGACCUCCAUGAGUUCCCACAGUUCCAAAACGACUGGAAUUUGUGCACUCCAGUUAAAGUUUAUAAAGAAUUUUAUUAAGCUUGAUUGUCCAUAUUCUAUUUUGUAUCAUUUUGUGUGUGUUAUGUAUAUAUUUUGCAAAACAAAGUUUUCCCUGAAAAUUCCAGAUGUGAGAAUGGAGGCUGAUAAAAGAGGUCAUGGGAUGUUUUCUAAAGUCUUUAAAACAGUAUAUCACAUUUACAAGUAACUAGAAAUGUUGAAUCUGGUCUGCGUAUUGACAGGAGACAUCAGUGACGUAAUACAGGACUCGUAAGGACACAAAAAUCAGUUCAUUUUCGCCUUUAAGUGCGAAAUUUGCUGUGGAUUAAUGUUCUUUUUUAUAACUUAGUCAUUUACAUUACGUAUUUUCCAUAAAUGGUACAGUCAGCCUUUUCAUUUACUUCUAUCGUAUCUGGCAUCAUCUGUUAAAUGCUAAUUUAACAGGUUAAUUGCUGAACACUGAUAAACCUGUUAGAAGAAUGGAUCUUUGUAUUACUCCUUGCAAUACUUGGAUAUCCAUGGAUUUGCAAAGUUUCUGAUGUCUUAUUUAAACCCUUUACUGUAAAAUCCAUGGAUGGGAAACUUAUCCGUCAUGGAAAAUCACAUGUAUCCACAAAUUAUUCAGGAUCCCGAAGAUAACUGUGUGCAACUCUGAGUCUGUUAUUUAAAGAUUUACACGUAACCAUCUGCAUCCAUCUCGUACUUUUAUUACGAGUAUGUGUUGGUUGGAAACCAACCGCCUGAUCUUAAACAAAAUGGCACACACACACACACACAGAGAC